GAUUACCAUGCAAAGCCGAGAGCUCCCAUACUCAUGGCCGUAGGGUCAUAUGAAUCUGCUGAUGACUGCAGGCUGCCGGCCAUUGUAAUCGAUGGACACACGGGACAUGCCAUGGACAGUCCAUACUGCCCUGUCCAGUUUACAUCAAUUACCCAGUUUAUACUACCCUGCCUGCCCAUGUGCGCCUGGACGAGGGGGGCCUGAGGCCCCCGGUUAGCCCUGAGACCAGAAGAUGAAAACGCCGCGGACACAUGUGAAGCAUUGCAAGACCCCUUGAGAGCCCCCAUGGGCCCAGAGGCUCUUGAUAAUCUAUAGUAUAUCAACAGAAUCAGCCCACUACCUUGUUUUGUAAUUUGCAAGUUCAGUGCUGUGACAGCUGGUCUGAAGCGACCGAGCUGGGCUAACUUGCCACGCGUGCAAUAUCAGAGUCCGCCGCCCGAGGUUUGUAGGCUUUAAGAUGUAAUUCUGUACUUGUCGUUAAAGCUUUUAAGUGGUAAAGCGCAGGUCCAGACCCACUGCAGCAACGAAAAGUACGGUGCAAUUGCUCGCGCGGCGAGCGCCGGAAUUUUUGAGUAAGGCUCCUUCCCAUCGCACUAUGAUGAUAACUAAUGCAUCAUAGCAUAUACGUGUUGAUCAUUGAUAUCCCAGCGCGGGGUUCGCUGUGGCUGGGCGACCAGGUUUAGCGACUGGCAUCGUCGCGGUGCAGCUUAUAUAUGCCCGCCAGCCCGCCUUCGUUCUCAGCGCCUUAGCGAAUCGGAGGAGCCUGGAGCAUAUGGACGGCACGUGGGUCUGGGCUUCCAAGGAGUGCCCAGCACGCCGAAUGCGCGGGGUGUGUCACAUGGCGCUUUUGGCAUUGGUGGCCGUGUCCAUGGCGCAGAGAGGCCAAACAUUAGGCCGAAGGCUUCUGGAUGAUGCUGAGGACGUUCCCUGCCCUGUAGGAUACUAUGAACCUGAUGACGGGCUCGAGCCGGGCUGCCUGCCAUGUGACCCAGGCACCUAUCAAGACGUCCCAGGGCAGACUGAAUGCAUACCAUGCGAUGACGGGGACUUCCAGCCGCAGCCGGGGCAGGACUCCUGCGACUAUUGCGAGGGCGAGAGCAUCAGCGCAACAGAGUGUCUGGAGUCUUGUGGACCAGGAACCACUGGCUUUGACCCCAACUGUGCUACGUGUAGCGCUGGCUGGGUGUCCACCGGUGGCGAUCAGCCGUGCACCGCCUGUGCCGUGGGGAGCACUCCUAAUGAUGACGGAUCAGAUUGCGAGCCGUGCCCCGACGGUUACACUACACCGGCAGAGGGUUCCGAGUAUUGUGAACCGAUUCCCUGUCCUUCGGGGACCUACAAUUUUGACACUGGCGGCAUGCAGCCCAACUGUGUUCCAUGCGAGGCUGGCUACACAACGGACGGGGCAAGCGGCCAGGCAACAUGCACGGCUUGUCCGGUUGGGACGUUCAAGGUGGCGGAUGGCGACGGCGACUGCGUGCCCUGUGACCCCGCCUACACCACUUCCACGGAGGGCAGCACUACUUGCGACGUCCCUGCAUCAUGCCCGGCAGGGCAGUACCGGGUUCCCGGCGAGGCCACGUGCGCAGACUGCCCGGCAGGCUCGGUGUCCGAGUCAGCCGGCGCCGACAGCUGCACGCUGUGCGCCGUGGGUACCUUCGCCCCGACCGCCGGCCUAACCGCGUGCCAGGACUGCGACCCCGGGACCACGACCCAGGGCGAGGGCGCGUCUUCCUGCUCCGUGUCUUCCUCGCUGCCGUGCGAUGCAGGCACGUUCAACGCCGACACGGGCGCCGCCCCAUGCAGCGCCUGCCCUGCCGGCACGUACCAGGACGGCUCCACGCCUACUGUCUGCCUGCUCUGCGGCGCCAACCAGGUGCAGCCCGCCCCCGGCCAGAGCAGCUGUGAGGACUGCCCGACCGGCACGGCAUCCGCGGACGGCAUCACAUGCUCGUUCCCGGCCUGUGACCCAGGCUCCUACUCAGCUACCGGCACCGGCCCCAACUGUGUCAACUGUGCGGCGGGCUUUUACGCGGACCAGCCCGGCGCUACGGAAUGCAGCGCCUGCCCCGCCGAAACCUUCCAAGCGCUGCCUGGCCAGGCGUACUGCGACCUGUGCGCGCCCGGCUCGUCUACAAACGGGUGGGAUGGCCAGUCCAACUGCUUCGCGGCUGAGGUGUCCCCGCCCUGCGAACCCGGCACGGUCAGUAACACGGGCAAUUCGCCAGACUGCCAACCCUGUACCGCGGACACCUACCAAGCUGAAUCGGGCCAGACGGCCUGUUUCCCUUGUCCAAGUGGCCAGACAACAGCCGGAUUAGUGGGGCAAACGCAGUGCCUUGAGUACGCGCCGAAUCCAUGUCUUCCAGGCACAUUCAACGUGGCUACGGGCGGCCUUGAGCCCGGCUGCCAGUUAUGCACCCCCGGCACGUACCAGGACCUGCCCGCCGGAAUGACUGAAUCAGGCAUAGAAUCAGGCCGGACAAUCCUUGAAUUGAAGCGCCGCAUCCGCGCUCCUAGCGGCUUCGAGCGGCCGACCAAGCUGCAGCGGCCGCCAUGGCCGCCGCCGCCGGCGGGGCCGGGCUGAGAGCCUGAACGGCGCUAGCAGGGCGUGGGGCUGAGGGUGCACGUGUUGAUUGGCGGCGAGUGACGUGACUAGUUUGUUAGCUGCGGGUUAGCACGGACUGUGCACCCCACCCAACCGGCCAUGUCCGGAUUUGCGGGGAUGCCAAAGGCCCCCAACAUAGAGGCGUGUGCUUAGUAGGCGCCCGCGUCAAGGUGGCCCCGGGAUCAGCCCUUUUCCUGCCAUAAGGCAGCCACCUCCUUGUUACGUUGGGGAAUGUUUACAGACAGUUCCAGUUGCUGCAAUGACAGAUGGCUCGUGUGGGGUGUAAAGUGCAACCAACUGAGUGCAAGAGUGCAGGUUGCGCAUCAGCACGCACAUACCGUACGGUAGUCACCAGGGCUCUUAGGGCCUGCAAGAUAAUUUGAGUACUAGAGAGUGAGGCGCGUUGUGUGUGGCGUCAGAAGCAAGCCGUAGAACAAUUGUUACUGCUCUUGAGGGCAUGUGAUGCAGUGCUGAUGUGAGCGGAGUCGACGGGAAGCCAGCGUUUGAGACAGCGGACGGUCAGGGCUAACCGUG